AUGUCAUCUAAAGUGUUCACGAAGUUCCUCUUUCCCCCUACCCACCCCCCCGCCCCCUCUCUCACUCUCCCUCCAAUUCAGGGACCCGCUCACGCACACCUGCAAACGCCCCAUGUGUGUGUGCACAAUCCAGUCCAUAAAUUACGGCGCGACAUUUGCCUCAGUGACGGCUUGAAUCACUCGAUCGGCCAUCAACAUCCCCCUCCACCCACCCACCAUCAUAAAAACCGUUUCUUUCCCUAUCCCCACCAGUGGCCCCCAUCCUUGGCCACCACUUCCUCUUCGCCUUCCACUUCCUUGGGUGACAAUCAGACAAAUUGUCAUCAUGAGGGUGUGGGUGGUGGUGCCAGAGGGCUCCACGCUCUUGACCAAAACGUCUGCUUGCUCCACCUUCAGUACUGUCUCGCAUUGAGGACCGCAUUCAUGGGCACAGCAACGACUAUGCACCUACGCAUUGUGUCCGAGUUGAGCAUUGGGUUGAGUAUUCGGUCGUGCAGGUGCUUUAAACACCGCGUCAGCGAUGACUGUGACUUCACUCGGGAGGAGUGUGAAGCAUUUGGCGAGGGUAUUCCAACACUUUUCCUCGACAAGUGUGACGUUGGAGUGGAAGGCAGUACUGGACAGUUGGUAGAGGAGGAGGAGGAGGAGGAUGCUCAACUGCAACGUAGUUCCGCCCAUCAUUUGUGGAACAAUCAACCCGUCUCCAUACUGAACGACAAAGUACGAUUUACCACUGUUGAACCUCUCAGCAGCUCCAAGUUCUACCGCUGGGCCUCACUACCCUCCAAGUCUUUUACAGACAUGACCAAUGCUACUAGUCACUGCUCCUUCCUCUCCCUCUCCAUCUCCAUCUCCUACUCCUACUUCUGCACCUGCUCCUCUGUCGAUCCCUUCGAUGUCGGCGCUCCAUGCUACCACUUCACAGCCACCUUACCACCAAUACUGCGACAAUCCGUGCCAUCAAACUGCUGUAUCGCGUCACUGCAACGACCUUCUACUGUCGUCGAGAAGAGCUCUGACUUCCAACCAAUAGUGGUGGCAAUAAUGGCAGUGGAGCUGCACAUUGGCUUUGAAAAUACCGACUGA